AUGACUGUUGAUGAUGAAGACCAAUACGCUUUGCAAGUUGGAAUUCCGAACCUAGCUUUCCAGAACAAGCUCCUCAUGAAGUCUGUCCUCGCAUUCUCCGCAGUAUGUAAAUGCUGUGAUGUCAUCAAUCAGCCGUCAAUAUCCCAUGAAGACCGUGAAAAAGUCCUGGUACUUCUCUCUAUCGCUGAUCAAUACCACAUGGAAUCACUGCGGGAGGUCCAAGCGAAACUCUCCGAAACUGAUCAAUACGACCAUAUUCUUGCCAAUGCGGCUAUGAUGGGGAUGUAUGGAUCAAGCAGCCACUGUGUCCGAAUCUGGUUAGCGGAAACAGCAUCCGACAACGACCUAGAACGAGGCCGGUUUAUUCCAAAAAGCUGUCAAUGGAUUAGUCUCUUUCGCGCUGUACGUGUGGCCUACACCGGACUGCUCAACGAUAGGUUCAAAACAGAGGAUGUGGUUCAACUUGCCUCGCCUAUCUCAUUCAUUGAUCCCGUGGCAAGUUGCGAUUUUCAGAUGCAUUGCGAAUGCACAGUAUCAUCUCGUUGUGAGCAGCAAAAGGGUCCCCAAGAUCACGCUUUGUAUCCUAUUCUGGCUGCUACGGUGGGAUCCGCACUGAGAAGGCUAAGAAAAAGGGCCCAAGAAAUCGCCAAAAAUGGGAUGGGUGACUAUGAAGACCAGGAUACACCAGCUAUCCAUAACGACUCCUACGUCCAAGCAUGUUUUGCUGCGUUGGACCUGUUUGAAAACAUUGCAAUCGAGACUUUUCCCGAUAUUAAUUUGGUGCCAAACACGCCAGGCCUUUCACCUCUCGCUUCUGAAGUUGAUGUUAAUCCUGUGGGACAAGCCUCGAAAGUUUCGCCCUGGAUACGGAGAUACACAGCUAGAAUAACUUCGAUGAUCUCUUCGAAGCUUCCGCGAAGGUUCAUUAUGGCAUUCGUUCAUAAAGCUCCUACGAAAUAUCUAAACUUGGUUGAAGACAUGAUGGGUCUCAUGCAAAUCGGAGCACCAGGGAGUCACGGAGUAACGGCGUGUCCCCUGAACCCCAUGAAUUCGGAGCCUAGCCUAGCACACCAGCUAGCUGUGGAUAUAUUUGCCCAUUGGCUUGUUCUGGUCAUGUUAUUAGACAAGGUAUGGUGGAUUGGUGGUAUUGGAGCCUGGGAACUUGGGCAACUUAUCUCCCUUAAGCGAGAUACACGAUGGCUCGACAACUCAAAAAACACAGAGUCAAGGAUUGGGUAUGACUUGAAAGGCAAGAAGAUCACCACGCGAAGAAAGGCCAUGGACUACCUUUUACGGCGUUUCUUCGCAAGCUAA